CGGCCCSUGGGGAGCGGCGGGGGCUCCGCGGYGCCUCCGCCCGCCCCGUGUCCCCACUACGCCCCCCGGGGAGGGGCCGAGCGGGCGGGCCCCGCUCACCGCCCCGCCGAGCCCGUGGGCAGGGCGCCGCAGUCGCCGCGUCCCGCCGGGAUGGAUGGGCGGUUUUCAGGCGAGGCGAACGCGAGCAGCUUCGCCGACGAUGUGCUGCGCGUCUUCGGGGCCAACCACAGCCUGUCUGCCGGGCAGCUGUCGGCGCUGCUGCAGCGGCUGGGCGCCUCGGCGGCCCUGGGCUCGGAGCUGCCGCUCGCACACCUGCACCACAACCAGUGCCUGAGUAGUGAAGAAAUCUUUUUUUUGCAUGGGAUACCGAACAACAGUCACGUAACAAAUUCCAGCUUCUCUACAAUAUGUCCCGCCGUUUUGCAGCAGCUGAUUUUUCACCCAUGUGACCAUCAGGAAAGCUUUGUGGACGCAUCUAAACCAAAUUCUUUACAAGUUUGGGGAUUUGGGUUCCUGGCUGUGACUAUCAUUAACUUUGCAUCGCUUCUGGGAUUGAUUUUAACUCCUCUCCUAAAGAAGUCAUAUUUCCCCAAGGUUUUAACUUACUUUGUGGGUUUGGCCAUUGGUACUCUCUUUUCUAAUGCAAUUUUCCAGCUCAUUCCAGAGGCAUUUGGGUUUGACCCGAAAGUAGAUAACUACGUUGAGAAAGCAGUUGCUGUGUUUGGUGGAUUUUAUAUUCUYUUCUUUGUGGAAAGGAUUCUUAAGGUGAUACUAAAGCUCUAUAACCAGACUGGCCACAGUUACUUUGAAAAUGGAGAAGAGAAUCAUUCUCAGGAUAAGACUAACCCAUCCAAAGCACCAUCAUCCAGCAAUGGGGGMACGUGUUAUGCAAAUGCAGCUGUCAUAGAGAGCAAUGGAAAUCUUGGUUUUGACAGCAUCAGUGUUGUCUCAGCACAGGAGGAAGCCACCCAAAGUGGUUUAUGCAAGUGUCUUAAGGGGCGUCCGCUGUCCAAGAUUGGGACCAUUGCUUGGAUGGUGACACUGAGUGAUGCUGUGCACAAUUUCAUAGAUGGCUUGGCCAUUGGUGCUUCCUUCACUUUGUCUCUGCUUCAGGGGCUUAGCACCUCCAUAGCCAUCCUGUGUGAAGAGUUUCCUCACGAGCUGGGGGAUUUUGUCAUCCUGCUUAAUGCAGGGAUGAGUACUCGGCAGGCUCUGUUUUUCAAUUUCCUGUCAGCGUGUUCUUGUUACAUUGGCUUGGCCUUUGGAAUAUUAGUAGGCAACAACUUUGCUCCCAACAUCAUCUUUGCUAUAGCUGGGGGMAUGUUCCUGUACAUCUCUCUGGCAGAUAUGUUCCCAGAGAUGAACGAUAUGCUGCGGGAGAAAGUGACGGGAAGAAAGUCGGAUCUUACGUUCUUCCUUAUUCAGAAUGCUGGUUUACUGACGGGCUUUACUGCCAUCCUGAUGAUUACCUUGUAUGCAGAAAAUAUCGAGCUGUGAUAGCACGGGUGGACACGGAAUCAGCRUUGGAGACAUCGAGUGCAUUGCAGAUGGAAGACACUUGAAAUCCAUAAAGGGACAUUCAUUUAAUCUGCUGGGUUUUGGAACGGUGGCAAAGCCCKUCCUGUCCCUCUUGCCCCAAAUACAAGAAAUUCUUCUUUAGGACUUGCUGUUGAUCCAAACAGAAGGAGCUGUCAGCUUCUGUACAAUGCCAAAAAAAAAUCAUGCUAAUAUUUUUAUUUCUACUUAAAAAUUAUCAGACAUAUCGGAACUGUCGUAGAGAAGGGUGUUACUUGGCCAGUAGAAUUAUGCAAUUACAUGCAACUC